AUGUCUGCGACAGGUCUUGGGGAUAUUAGAUUUUCUUCAUACCGAGGCCAAUAUCUACAGCUGAGAAACCUUCUGUUACCAGCUGGUGACCCGAAAAGCUUUUCGAAUGUCGAGGAGGCAGAGAUCAAACAGCCCUCACCUAGGAAAAUACUUACUUGUGGCCGGGAAAUCUAUCUAAGCCAACUCCUUAUUCCAGGGAAUGGGUUACCUUUACUUAGUGACUUCAGCGAGGCUCGAUUUGGCAACGAGGACCAUAAUGAUGACAUUAUGCCACAUGUAUACAGAGCACCUGAGGUCGUUCUAAACAUGAAUUGGGACUGCAAAGUUGACAUCUGGAGCGUUGCAACUAUGGCCUGGGAUAUUGUUUGCGGUCGCACUUUGUUCCAGGGCCAAAACACUCACGGCAUUUUUGACGACAGGGCUCAACUUGCCGAGAUCCUUGCACUUCUCGGUCCUACUCCCGCUGAAUUGGUAACAAGAAGCCAGGUCGGUCAAGUAUUCUUUGAUGAUAAUGGUCGAUGGAAGGACCUUGCCCCAGUGCCUGAAAUAACGCUUGAGAGGUUAGCAGCUGAUAUCCAAGGGGACGAUAAGAAAGGAUUUUUGCGGUUUCUGCGAAGAGCCCUGAAGUGGGCCCCUGAGAGGAGGUCAGCCGCUAGGGACCUAUUGUUCGAUGCGUGGCUUAUGGGAGGCUUAGACCUCAGCAGGCGUGGUUAG